GGACAUAGUACAGGAGAUGACCAGAGACUGCAGACACAGUACAGGAGAUGACCAGAGACUGCAGACACAGUACAGGGAGAUGACCAGAGACUGCAGACAGUACAGGGGAUGACCAGAGACUGCGGACAUAGUACAGGGAUGACCAGAGACUGCGGACAUAGUACAGGAGAUGACCAGAGACUGCGGACACAGUACAGGAGAUGACCAGAGACUGCGGAGAGUACAGGAGAUGACCAGAGACUGCGGACACAGUACAGGAGAUGACCAGAGACUGCGGACAGUACAGGAGAUGACCAGAGACUGCGGACACAGUACAGGAGAUGACCAGAGACUGCGGACAUAGUACAGGAGAUGAUCAGAGACUGCGGACACAGUACAGG